CACAACUACUAAUUACUAGGGACGUACCCACGAACUUGGCUUUCUCCCUCCCUCUCCUACCUCCAACAUACUUCAGUCUUCCCGCGUCCACGCCUCUUAGUUCUUAUCGAUCGCUUGUUCUAUUUCAUAUAGGUCUUCACCGUGUUGUAGGCCUUUUAAUCUCAUUUUUUCUCCAUUUUAUUUUUCAUUCCCUCUGUCCAUCAACAUUCCACAUUUCCCGUCAUGGCGCCCACAAGAGCUACGCGCGGCGCUACAAAUGGCACUGCAACCGGCGCUGCUGAGCCAUCAGUAACAGCAGCCUCCGGUACCCCUGUAAAGCGUGGACGUGGAAGGCCACCCAAGAAUGGCGUUUCAGCUCAACCUAAGAAGAGCACUCCUGGCCGCCCUCGUGGCCGUCCCAAGGGAUCUGGAGGUGUGAAGAAGGCGACGGCCAAAGCACCGGCUAAGAAGACUGCUACGGCUACCAAUGGUACUGGUGCUAGACGCGGCAGACCCCCCAAGUCUGAGAGUGCCACUACAACACCCAAGAAGGCGGCAACCCCCAAAGCUGCGUCAGCCAAGAAUAGCGUGAAGGGCUCUGCUACUAAGGGACGCAAAUCAAAGGCCCCUGUGGAAGAUGACGAGGAAACAGAGGAGGCCAAUGGUGAUGGAGAUUCUGCUUCGCCCGAUAGGGAAAUGGACGACGAAGACGCUGUCGGUGAUGACGAUGAUGCUCUCAAUGGCAACGUUGAUAUCAGCAACGAGAACAAUAAUACGAGAGCCAUAAUGCCUAGCUUAGCCAGUCUAGCCACCGCUUUUAGACGGAUAAGUGGCGUGGGGAAACCAUGAUGACUCGGUGGCGGUUUUGGGAUUGAUUCUUUGCUCUUGUGCACGAUUAACGUACAUCGUGCUUGACGGUUUGUAAAAGUAUAAGGUUAAUCCGGGGUUAAAUGAUGGUCGGCCCUGAAAUCAAUUACAAGUAUGAUAACACAUGGACG